AGGGCCCGUUAAAGAAUAAAGGAGUGACUGAACCGUUUGUUAAAAUAUAUUCUCCUGAAAUGGUGAGAAGCCACUGCCCCAAACCCCACAUGCUUCCUUGGGUUGCUGCACCACAGCAGUCCUUUCUGGGUGAUUCUGUGGACCUCCCCCAUGAUCCCACAUUGAAGGGGAAAUGCCUGGCUCACCAGGGCUCUGGCCUCCUGGACUAUGUUCCAGAGCUGUGGUCAGCACAUGUUCAGGUUUGGUCUUUGACUUUUAGGAGUAGUGUCCGUGCCUUUUUCCUCCUCCUGUUUAUGAACCUUUGAAAAAUAGCACAUACGUUAUUACAGAUGAGAUUAUAGAUGAAUUACAAUUGCAGAUUAUAUAAUUAGAGAAUCUUAGCCAUAAUUAUAGAUGAGUUAUCGACGAGAAGUAGUUUGAUGGACAGAGCUACGUUUGAGAGACAGACUUAGCCAUCACCUCAGAGCAGAAAGAGGGCAGGCCUCACCUACAGCUUUCCACCAUAGGGACAGGGCUUGCUACCGCUGGAGGAGACCAGGGUUUAUGCUCAGUGGGCAGUAGGGCUGGGAGUAGGUAAGAAGAGUGAGGCCUUGGCCUGAAGUUGAGAAUGUAAGGGGUGCCAAGAAACCUUCAGUGAACAAGAUAAAUAAUAUUUUUUUAUUAAAAAAAAAUUUUUUUUACAUUGACUUAUUUUUGAGAGACAGAGACAGAACACAAGUAGGGGAGGUGCAGAGAGAGGAGGAGACACAGAAUCUGAAGCAGGUUCCAGGCUCUGAGCUGUCAGCACAGAGACUGACAUGGGGCUCGAACCCACAAACGGUGAGAUCGUGACCUGAGCCAAAGUCGGACGCCCAACCGACUGAGCCACCCAGGCCCCAGGCGCCCUAAGAUAAAUAAUAUUUAACAUGUUAUUAUCAACAAUCAGAAUUGAUGUAAAAAAAAUCCAUACUGAGCAAAAUAUAAAAAAUACCUUAGAGAUAAGAUUGGUAUUCCUGACUUUGCCCUUUGCCUCAGGCUCCAGUAUGGCUCCAUUGCGCAGGGUUACUGAUCCUGUCUUCAAUUUAGUGCCUGAGGCGAAUGCCACUCAACUCACCCUUGUCCUUGACCCAUCACUUCUUCCCAGAUUUACAGAAUCCCUUAAUCACUUUAUUUCUUCUGGGCCGAGGGAGUAAAAAAGAACAGGGGCAGAAACAUUACACUGACUGAACUCCCUCCACCUGGAAGGAACAAACUCAAGUGGAUUUAGAAGAAACAUUCUCCAGGACUGUAAAAAUUUCCAAUUUGCUCUGGACGGGAGUAUUCACUUGGAGAGGAAAGUACAGAAGCAGGCAUUCAGAGGGAACAACACAUCAUUACAACCUGAAAGCAUCUUAGAAGCUUUCGACUGUGCUAAAAAACCUAGGAGAUAGACAAUUUUUCCUUUCCUUUCAUUGGAAAGGAUUGAAAGAAGAAAGAAGAUGGCAGAGGCUUAAAGUUGAUAUUCAGGAUGAAUGAUGAUAAUUCAGAUGAGAAGACAGAAGAUGAACGGCUAUCCUUACUUCUCAGUGGUAAAAAUGGAAAUACCUGUGCAUACAACCAAAACUCCCCACAUACACAAAACUCCUCAGCCGAUAGUGUGAGUUGGAACUCUGCGAACCCGGAUGACAUGGUGGUUGAUUAUGAAACCAGCUCUGCCGUGGACAUUGAUGAAAACAAUACUUUAACUCCUCAGUGUGUAGAAGUGCUUCAUCACCAAAAGUCAUCAAGUGAGUUGAUUAGGAAGGAGGUGUUAGACACCCACAAAGCCUCCACACGUCAGUCUUGUGUGCACGUUGUGAAUACAGAGGAGCCAAAGUACCCGUCUAACCGUUGUCAUUCCCUGGAAUCAUUACGGGACCAGAGUGCUGAGACAUCGCUGCCUUUUGUGUGGAAACCCAACGAUGAUGAUUUGAACUGUCCACAUUGUCUUACUGCCUUGGAGCCAAACCAGACAUUUGACAUGACAGUGGAUGAUGUUGACUGCACCUUUGUAACACGUCAUGCCAUUGGGAAGAGUCAGUCUUUGCAUACCACUGGAAAUCUGCAGCCAACCGGCAUGAGGAGUGGAAACCCAUCUUUAUCCUGUUCUACAUCUCCCUGUUCUGAUAAGAUACAUGUAAGAGAAUUGAAUUAUGAUCAAGACAGCUUUGAAAACCCUCAAGCCACAGCAGCAGAGGCCCAAGAUACAACGUACAUAGCAUUUCCUAAUGUGAUGCAAACUGGUAUUGUUGUUCCAGAUCUUGGCAUUCAGUGUCAGUAUUCCACAGGACAGAUCACCAGUGACUACACAGAUGGGUCACAGCAAGGAUUAGUUGGAGAAAAAGAGAUACAAGCUCCAACACCAGUUUCUGAGGGCAUGGAUGUUCCCAAUGGGGCUGUAUUACAAGAGUUCUUUUGUUUAUCGAAAGAUGAACCAAAUAGUGAGACACAUUCACAGGCCUCAUAUGGGCAAAAGGAAAUGGGCCAAAAUCUCAGAGAAACAGUGUCCAAUUGUCUUAUAGAUGAUGAAUGCCCUUUACUGGUGCCAGCUUUUGAUAAAAGUGAAGCCCAAGUACUGAACCCAGAACAUGAAGUCACGGUGGCUGGAGAUGCACACAAUGCCUCUCAUGAAAAGGAUUUGGAAACCCAAAAUCGUACUGUAGAAUUGAUACUGACUAGCCCACUGGGACAGAAGAUGGCUUCGUCAGUUGAACUGAGUUGGGAUGCAAAUGAUAUGGUCAUUAACACAAAUAAUACAGUUUGCAUGUCAACACCAGUCCUAGAACCCCCAAAUACAACCUUUUCUAUUUCACCUAUUGAAGUGGCAGAGAAAUGUAGUAAAGUGGAGAAGAGUCAUCAAGAACUUAGAAAUGUACCGAGCUUGAAGGGGGCACCUGUGAACACGUGUAAACCUAAUCUAGGAAAAUUGACAACUAAAAUGAAUACUCCAAUAGGCAGCAAAGUUAGAAAAACCGAAAUUAUAAGUUACCCAAGACCAAACUUCAAGAAUGUCAAAGCAAAAGUUAUGUCUAGACCAGUGUUGCAGCCCAAAGACCCUGCUGCAUCAAAGGUCACACCCAGAUCUCAGCUAACCGUUGCCUCAUCACCCUUAUCCGUGUCUUCCUCAAGACAGUUGACAGCUUUGAGCAAAACACCAAGGUCUGACUUGAAUGCAGAUACAAAAGCAGAAAUCCUAAUUAACAAGACACACAAGCAGCAAUUUAAUAAACUCAUUACUAGCCAGGCUGUGCGUGUUACAACUCAUUCUAAAAAUGCUUCACACAAGGUUCCAAGAACAACAUCUGCCAUGAAAUCGAAUCAGGAAGAUGUUGACAAAGCAAGUUCUAAUUCAGCAUAUGAGACUGGGUCCGUGGCUACCUUCUUUCAGAAGAUGAAAGGCAUACUCCCUGUUAAAAUGGAAAGCACAGAAUGCUUGGAAAUAACAUACACUUCUGACAUCGAUGGGAUUAGCCCUGAAAAGAAGGGUGAAAAAGAAAAUGGGACACCUAUGGAAAAACAAGAGCUAAAAAAGGAAAUUAUGAAUGAGACCUUUGAAUAUGGUUCUCUGUUUUUGGGUUCUGCUUCAAAAACUGCAGUCACCUCAGGUAGGAAUAUUUCCAAGCCUGACUCCUCCAAUUUGAGGAAAACACCUGGUUCAAAAGCCAAAGUGGGGCCUUCUGUUUCCUGUUUGAGGCGGAAUAGUGACAGUAGAAAUCUCAAUUCUGACCGGGCCUUAUCUCCUCAGAGGAUCAGGCGUGUGUCCAGUUCUGGAAAACCUACAUCCUUAAAAAAAGCACAGCCGUCUUGGGUGAAUUUGCGUAGACCACUUCCUAAAUCCAAAGCCUCUUUGAAAAGUUCUGCGCGGAGGGGGACAGGAAGCGCGUCCUCUGUUGCCAGCACCCACAGUGAUCUGAGCACUUACAGCAGUAACUCUGGGAAUGCCACUGUCAUCAAGUAUGAGGAAAAACCUCCCAAACCAGCAUUUCAGAAUGGUUCCUCAGGAUCCUUAUAUUUGAAGCCUUUGGGACCCAGAGCUCAUGCACACUUGCUAAAAACUCCUCCAAAAGGUCCCUCAAGAAAAAAUCUGUUUACGGCUUUUAAUGUGGUUGAAAAGGGCAGGCAGAAGAAUCCCAGAAGUUUGUGUAUCCAGACACAGACGUCUCCAGAUGUGCUAUCUUCUGAAAAAACACUUGAGUUGGCUCAUUAUAAAACAACAUGUGAAAACCAAAGUGGAUUUAUCCUGCAGCUCAAGCAGCUUCUUUCCUGUGGUAAUACCAAGUUUGAGGCAUUGACAGUUGUGAUUCAGCACCUACUCUCUGAGCGGGAGGAAGCGCUGAAACAACACAAAACCCUAUCCCAAGAACUUGUUAACCUUCGAGGAGAGCUAGUCACUGCUUCAUCGACCUGUGAGAAAUUAGAAAAAGCCAGAAAUGAGUUGCAAAUAGCUUAUGAAGGAUUUGUGCAGAAGCUGAACCAGCAGCACCAGACCGAUCUAACAGAGCUAGAGAAUCGGCUUAAAGAAUUUUACACCGGGGAGUGUGAAAAGCUCCAGAACAUUUACAUUGAAGAAGCGGAGAAGUACAAAAACCAACUGCAAGAGCAGUUUGACAACUUAAAUGCUGCCCAUGAAACCUCGAAGCUGGAAAUUGAAGCUAGCCACUCAGAGAAAAUUGAAUUGCUGAAGAAAGCCUAUGAAACCUCCCUUUCAGAAAUCAAGAAAAGCCAUGAAAUAGAAAAGAAAUCCCUCGAGGAUAUGCUUUUUGAGAAGCAGGAAUCAUUAGAGAAACAAAUCAGUGAUCUGAAGAGUGAAAAUGAUGCUUUAAAUGAAAAGUUGAAAUCAGAAGAACAAAAAAGAAUAUCAAGAGAGAAAGCAAAUUUAAAGAACCCUCAGAUCAUGUACCUGGAGCAAGAGUUAGAAAGCCUGAAAGCCGUGCUGGAGAUCAAGAAUGAAAAACUGCAUCAGCAGGACGUCAAGUUAAUGAAAAUGGAGAAACUGGUGGACAACAACACAGCGUUGGUUGACAAACUGAAGCGAUUCCAGCAGGAGAAUGAGGAAUUGAAAGCUCGGAUGGACAAGCACAUGGCAAUUUCAAGGCAACUUUCCACUGAGCAGGCAGUUCUGCAGGAGUCCCUGGAGAAGGAGUCCAAAGUCAACAAGAGACUGUCCAUGGAGAACGAGGAGCUGCUGUGGAAGCUGCACAACGGGGACCUGUGCAGCCCUAAGAGGUCCCCCACGUCCGCCGCCGUCCCCUUCCAGCCACCGAGGAACUCCGGCUCCUGCCCCAGCCCCAGCAUCUCACCCAGAUGACGCCUUCUGGAAGCUGGGAGACUGUCGGAAAGCAUCUGUAACAGGUGUGCGGGACUGACCCUAACCACGCUCGACGGAGUGAGAGCUACAGUAGCGGACAUGUAGUAACCACGCUGGAACUGGAGAGUCGCCGCCCCCGAGGCUCCUUCUGAGACUGGAACACUCUGGAGGAAGACUUGGACCCCGUCCAAGAGCCCCCUGGCCAAAGACCUCAGAACGGAUCCGCAUGGACGGACGCUGUUGCACAAAGCACUUAAAGAACAAGAGGGUCUUGUUUGUUGCCUUUUUCACCUAAGCAUAAGGCGGAAAGAAAACUCUCAGGGGCCUGUUAAGAUAAAGAUGUAUAACCUUUAUAAUGUUCUUCACCGCGGACACCUUCUUGGGAUUUGUGUUUUGGUCUGACUGGGGAUGUGUGAGUGGAAGGGAUGCGGCAGACUGUCCCGUGUCUGAUGCCACCUCCUUCGCUGUGUCCUGAAAGGCAGGUGCCACACACAGCUGGGUAUGUACUAACCGAAUGCUAGUCCGUGUAUGCACUUCCGCAAAAGCCAUAGAGGGAGGAGCAGUAGUUGCUUGAAUUAAGACUCUCUACCACCAACUUGGCUCAGCCCUUGACAGUGGGGAGCGGUAAUGACACGACGAGCUGGGACUCGUCCACGUCCGUACAGCUCUCUGUCCUUCUGCGAUAACUUGCUGGCAGUCUCUCAGUGUUCAGCCACAUCAGUUCAAACUAGCUAGAUUUUUUUCUGUAGGUUUUUAACUUCCCUCUGUAAACCUAACAUUAUACUACAAUCUAUUUUCUCAGGCUAUGAGCAAAUAUAAGACCCUAAUUUUUCUAAAAAUCUGUAUAAAGAAAAGGGGCAGGACCAGUGGGUUUGCUUCUGCCUUAUUUUUACCUUGACCUGAGCUAUCCCCACAGAUUGUUGGCUCUCCCGUUGUCUUCAUUUCUGCCCUCUUCCUCUUCUCCACACACACCCUCCCCCCCCCCGACUCCCCACCCCUCACCAGAGCCACAAAAGCAAACCUUCUACCUCCUACCUACUCUUCUCUGGGACAAGGAAUAGGUUUUCCAGAGCCAGCUCAUCAUCAAGGUGCCAAAACCACUUUCCAAACAAACCAAGGCCUGGAUGUGACAGUAAAAAUGUUGGGAAACCCUAAAGAGAAUGAAGAAUAAGGCAUUAGCUAGUAGAAGGGAGUAAGGUAGGAUUCAGUGCUUACGGCUAAGUAGGAGCAGCUGGUGUAGGGCAAUGAUGCACUUAAUAAUGCAUUCUGGAAAGAUAGUGCUGAGCUUCUGUGUCCUCUUGGAGGAAUCCUUCUCUGUCCUUGAGGUAGCAGAAUGGUCAGUCAGCGGGUGGAAGAUGUGAUGUGUACAACGCCCUCCAAGCUGCAAUUCAAUUUCUCUUCAAAACUUAUUACCUCUCCCAAUUCUGAUACUUUGGGGGGAAGUAGAAGGAAGAACUGUGGCUUUAUCUCCCUGUCCCUGCAUGUCAGUAUUUACUAACCCGCGUUGCUGACGUCCAGUGGCUGUACAAGUAACUCCUGUAGUGUAAGAACAGAUUCAGGAUACUAGAGGUGGAUAUUUGAGUCGUCAUCUACAUGGACGCUACAUAGCAAGCUGAUAUUCACGAUGCAUGCUUGUUUUUAUUAGUGAUUGUGUCUGAAGCCCUUAACCUCCAACAGUGUAUUAUGUAUGUUACCUUCUGUGUUUGCCUCUGAUAAAUGGGAAUUUAGGCUCACUGCCACCUCCGGGAAUAGCUCUCUGCUUGCCCUUCUGCGUUGUUUUCAAUGCCAUUAGCCAAAGUCGGGUUUGCCAUCCAUCUCCUAGGCAUGGUAACUCUUGUGCUGUUCCCUGCUGUCCUCCAUACCAUUUAGGUGUCUGGGGAAAUCAAUCUUACACAAUUAAUACAAAAUGUCUUCAGAGAAUGGGAGACAAUAGGAGAGAAGAUAGGAAACAGAACUUUAAGAUUUUUUUUUUUUCAAACCAAAUGUUUCUCACGUAGGACGGAAAACGUUGGCACGUCAUAAAAAUAAGGAUGUGUAAACCGUAGUUGUGCUCAGUUUGUAGUGAUGGAAAGUGUAUUUUACUUUGAUCAAAUAAAUAAUGCUGGAAUAUUCAACAUAA